AUGAGGUUACUGUCUCGCCGUUCACACUCAGUAUGGGCCUCUCUCCUGCUCCUCACUUUAAUGGGCGCGCAGUCACUUGUGUCUGCCAUUGAUCUCAACCUGGACGAUGAUGCAUCCAUCAAAAGGGCGGCAAAAAUCGCCGCGAGUGGAAUGACAGUUUUCUACACAGGGCAUUUACCAGGCGAUGUGCCUGGGAACCUACCAGCACCGUACUACUGGUGGGAAGCCGGCGCGAUGUUUGGGGCACUGAUCGACUACUGGUACUACACCGGAGACAGCACUUGGAAUGAUAUCACUAUUCAAGCAAUGCUCCAUCAAGCCAGCCCAUCAACCAAUUUCGAGCCCAGGAACCAAACGAAAUCUGAAGGGAAUGACGACCAAGGAUUCUGGGGAAUGGCUGCCAUGUCUGCGGCAGAGCGCAACUUCCCGAACCCCCCGGCUGAUCAGCCACAAUGGCUAGAGCUGGCGCAGGGCGUAUUCAACUCCCAGGCUCCUCGAUGGGACACGACGAGCUGCGGUGGGGGCCUCAAAUGGCAGUUUUUUACGCUAAACAGGGGAUACAACUAUAAAAACACCAUUUCCAAUGGCUGCUUUUUCAACAUCGCCUCGAGAUUGGCACGGUAUACGAGGAAUCAAACAUAUGCAGACUGGGCGACGAAAUCGUGGGAAUGGACCGAGAGAAUUGGCUUGAUAACACCUACUUAUCAGUUCUACGACGGAACAAAUGACAAACUGAAUUGCACUGAGCUGAAUCGAAUCCAGUGGACGUACAACGCCGGUGUGCACCUUCUAGGAGCCGCCAAUAUGUACAACUACACCAAUGGUGAUAAAAUUUGGCGCGACCGCGUCCAAGGCAUCGUCGAGGGCCUUCGCACCUUUUUCUUCGAGGAAACUAACAUCAUGUUUGAAGUUGCCUGCGAAGGUAUAAAUACCUGCGAUAUUGACCAGCGGUCGUUCAAAGCCUACCUCGCCCGUUGGAUGGCAGCAACCACCCAACUCGCACCUUUUACGAGGGACCUCAUCAUGCCCAAACUCCGUGCUUCGGCUGCAGCGGCUGCGAAAGCCUGUACAGGUGGUAAUAAUGGAGACACAUGUGGCCAUAAAUGGACAACCGGAGAAUUUGACGGCAGUAUCGGCGUAGGAGAGCAGAUGGCUGCCAUGGAGGUUUUCCAGUCAAAUCUCAUUGCAAAAGUGGCGCCCCCUGUUACAGAAUCAACAGGCGGCACCAGCAAAGGCGACCCUUCUGCCGGAGUGCGCGAAGAUCCAGUACCAGAAUUAAGGGACCUUACAACAGCGGACAGGGCUGGUGCAUGGACGAUCACGGCUGUAUCCAUCGUGACGGCUAUCCCAGGAUGGAGUUGA